AUGGACGACCCCCACCCGCCGCUGCCGCCGCCGCGCCCGCCGGUGGAGGUCGCUGGCGCGGCGCGCGAUGCGGAGCUCAGCCUCUCGGCGGCGCUGUCCCGCGAGGAGGUCCUCUGCCGGCGCCGGCGCCGCCUGGUGCAGCUCUGCUCCCUCUACCGCGCCCAGUACUGGGUGCUCGCCGAUGAGCUCCCCGCCAGGCACGGCGAGUACUGGUGGGAGCACGGCGCCAGCCCCGCGCUCGACGACGAGCCCCCGCACGCUCUGCCCCCGCCGCUGCUGCCGCCGAAAGAGAAUGGAGUCAAUGCUGGACCGCCAGAGAAUGGAGUCGUUGUUGGCCCGCUGGAGAAUUGUGCCGUUGCCCCUCCUGUGUCGGCUGCGGGCGGGAGGGCGGGCUGUGCGGCCUCGAAUUGCGAGGCCAAGGCGAUGCCCCUGUCCCUGUACUGCUUCAAUCACAUCCUCUUGGACCCGAAGCAGCAGCUCUAUCAGCCCUGCGCCUUCCCCACCAAGAAAAGUUUGGCAGCAGCAGCCAACAAGACAAGAAAGGGCUCUGCAGCAGCCAGUGGUCUGCCAAAUGGGGAAGCAACUUGUGGAAAACCUGUUCUGAGAGGCAGUGCUCCAUUGCGAUGUGCUGACCAUGACCCAAAAUCUGAGAAACUUAUCAUAGAAGCUUUGAGAAAUGCUGGAAUUGACCUGCCAUUGACUACUAAGAGUGUUCCAAAACUGAGUCUCUUGAUUUCUGAAACAGUCCGGGAAAUUCAGAUGAAAAGAAAGCUUUCAGUGAAUGGUGGAAAGACUGCAACUUCUGAUCUGUUAUUGAAAUGA